UAUCCUCCACCCUCAACACAGCCUUCCUUUCCUCUUCUCCUUUUCUUUACCAAUUUUAUAAUAAUAUAUUUAUAUCUUUUCUUUUCCUUUUUACCAUUUCGAUCCCAAUUCUUCCUCACACCAUUUUCAGUUCACAGGGUUAGGUUUAGGUCCCUUGUCUGGUCUGGUGUGCAAUUCUCCCCAUACAAUAACAAUACACCCACUUUAUCAACCAAUCAAUCAAUAUACCUAGUAGUGAUUAGAUUUAGUGAUCGAUCCUCUCCUUUCGUUCUCAAACCGUAGAUUUAGAUUUUAGGGUUUCUCUCUUAAUAUAAUCUUUUGACACUUCCGUAACAAACAAAAAAAUUACAUAAAUUUUCCCUUAUAAUUAUUAUUAUUUGGCUUUUAUCUUUGGAUUAACUAGGCUUGAGCUAUCACAAAUAAUUGUUUCGGAGAAUGGAAAAGAAAAAGGUGGCAGUUCCCCUCGUGUGCCACGGUCAUUCUCGCCCUGUGGUUGAUCUCUUCUACAGUCCCGUUACGCCUGAUGGGUUUUUCCUCAUCAGUGCCAGCAAGGAUUCGAGUCCUAUGCUCAGAAAUGGAGAGACUGGAGAUUGGAUUGGAACAUUUGAAGGGCACAAAGGUGCUGUGUGGAGUUGCUGCUUGGAUACCAGUGCCUUACGUGCCGCAACUGCUUCUGCUGAUUUCUCAACGAAAGUUUGGGAUGCUUUAACAGGAGAUGAAUUGCACUCUUUUGAGCAUAAGCACAUUGUUCGAGCAUGUGCUUUUUCUGAGGAUACUCACCUUUUGCUCACUGGGGGAGUUGAGAAAAUUCUCCGGAUCUAUGAUAUGAAUAGGCCUGAUGCGCCACCCAGAGAAGUGGAUAAGUCCCCUGGUUCUGUCAGAACUGUUGCCUGGCUUCAUAGUGACCAGACAAUAUUGAGUUCAUGUACUGAUAUGGGAGGUGUCAGGUUAUGGGAUGUAAGAAGUGGUAAAAUAGUCCAGACACUUGAAACUAAGUCAUCUGUGACAAGUGCUGAAGUGAGUCAGGAUGGCCGUUAUAUAACCACUGCUGAUGGUUCUACUGUAAAGUUUUGGGAUGCGAACUACUAUGGAUUGGUGAAGAGCUAUGAUAUGCCCUGCACUGUGGAAUCAGUUUCACUGGAGCCUAAGUAUGGGAACAAGUUCGUUGCCGGCGGAGAAGAUAUGUGGGUUCGUGUGUUUGAUUUCCAUACAGGGAAUGAGAUUGCAUGCAACAAGGGGCACCACGGUCCUGUCCACUGUGUUCGUUUUUCUCCUGGUGGAGAAUCCUAUGCCUCAGGAUCUGAGGAUGGAACCAUCAGAAUAUGGCAGACUGGCCCCUUGACCCUCGAUGACUCAGAGACUGUGUCUGCAAAUGGUUCAGUUGAUAAGGUGAAGGAAACUGCAGAUGAGGUUUCACGCAAGAUUGAGGGUUUUCAAAUUGCAGAUGAGGGGAAAUCUAAAGAAAAGGAUGAGGCUGUGGAGGAAUCAAGCUAAUAUAGUCUCGCAUUUUGUCUGGCAGAGUGUUAGAAUUAACUAGAUCAAGUGCCUACUACUCAUGUACGUGAUUAGUAAAGUAAAUUUUGUAAAUUUUAGUUUGUUUGAGAUUUUACUGAAUUGAACGAGCUUGUUGCAUCUGGCUUAAAUAAGUUCUAUGUUUGCUUUUAUUUCAAUUCUGACAUUGGAGUUUAUGGAAUAUAGGAAGUGACUUGGUAUACUUCAAGAAUCAUGGCCACUAAAGCGGCUUUAAUCUAUAGAUUCUGGCCAGUUCAAUUUUGGCCGGGGCUUGCGGUCUAGUA